ACUCUCUCUCUUUCCCUUCCCUUCCUGUUUUCCACCAGGCGAGCCGAGCUGCCGAACCCAGAGACUGACUGACGCCGGACCGGGCUCGACUAUGCCUGAGACCCCACGCUCCGCCGCCGGAGAGGUGAUCUGCUUUCCUGCGGGAUCCAGGCGGACGGCGGACAUGUCCCCGGGCAGCGCCGCGGUCUGCGGGCUUCUGUAGGCUGGGUGGUGUUUUCUCGGCUGCCGAACGCCCUCCGCGCUGCUGUGGUCAAUGACUGUCCAGCCCGUUCAGUGAGCUAACCUGAGCCCACUCAUGGCGGAGACUAAAAUAAUCUAUCAUGUGGACGAAGAGGAGACCCCGUAUUUAGUUAAACUCAGCGUCUCCCCCGACCGAGUCACGCUCGCGGAUUUCAAACAUGUCCUCAGCAACCGGCCCACCAACAGCUACAAAUUCUUCUUCAAGUCUAUGGACCAGGAUUUCGGGGUCGUCAAAGAGGAGAUAUCCGACGAUAAUGCCAAGCUGCCCUGCUUCAACGGGAGAGUGGUGUCCUGGUUGGUGCUGACUGAAAGCACACACUCAGACGGCGGAUCUCAGUGCCCAGAGAGCCACCCCGAGCUGCCGCCCCCCCUGGAGAGAACAGGAGGCAUUGGAGACUCCAGGCCCCCCUCCUUCCAUGCCAACGCAGUAAGCAGUCGGGAUGGUCUGGACACAGAGACGGGCACAGAGUCGCUCCUGAGUCAGCGCAGAGAGCGGGAGCGGGCCCGCAGGGCGCGGGACAACAAGUUCCCCAGGGUGAACGGUCACACGGGCCACAAGGCCGAGCGAGUGACUCGAGACUCAGCCAUGGGCUACGACAGCACCUCCAUGAUGAGCAGUGAGCUGGAGUCCAGCUCCUUCAUCGACAGCGAGGAAGACGAGGACGCCAGCAGACUCAGCAGUUCUACAGGCCAGAGCUCCUCAUCCCAACUCAUGCGCAGACAUAAGCGCCGGCGACGGAGACAGAAGGUGGCCAAGAUGGACAGGUCGUCCUCCUUUAGCAGCAUUACCGAUUCCACUAUGAGCCUCAACAUCAUCACAGUUACUCUCAACAUGGAGAAGUACAACUUUCUGGGUAUUAGUAUAGUGGGGCAGAGUAACGAUCGGGGAGAUGGAGGCAUCUACAUCGGCUCCAUUAUGAAAGGUGGAGCUGUGGCAGCCGACGGUCGAAUUGAACCUGGAGACAUGCUGUUACAGGUGAAUGAUGUGAACUUUGAGAAUAUGAGUAACGACGAUGCUGUAAGGAUUCUGCGGGAAAUCGUCUCGAAACCUGGGCCCAUAAGCCUCACUGUGGCGAAGUGUUGGGACCCCUCUCCUCGCAGUUACUUCACUAUCCCAAGAGCGGAGCCUGUAAGACCCAUCGACCCUGCUGCUUGGAUCUCUCACACUACAGCACUGACUGGAACAUAUCCACACUAUGAAUGUGAUGACUUGCCUCUGUCGAUCAGUAAGACAGACAUGGCCACCAUAGCGAAGGUGAUGCAGCUACCUGAAUCAGGUCUGGAGAUCAGAGACCGAAUGUGGCUUAAAAUCACCAUAGCAAAUGCUGUUAUUGGUGCUGAUGUGGUGGAUUGGCUGUUUUCACGAGUGGAGGGCUUUAAGGACCGGCGAGAUGCCCGGAAAUACGCCAGCAGUCUGCUGAAACACGGCUACCUGAGACACACAGUCAAUAAAAUAACCUUCUCAGAGCAGUGCUACUACACCUUUGGAGACCUGUGCCAAAACAUGGCGUCUCUAAACCUGAAUGAGGGGUCCAGUGGAGGUGGUGGAUCUGAACAGGACACUGUAGCUCCUCUCCCUCCUCCAGGCACAAACCCCUGGCCCCUCGGGGGUCAGCCGUACCCCUACCCAGGCUACCCGAACCCGCCCUCCGGCUUCCCUCCUGGAUACUCAGACCCCUGCCACAGUUUCCACAGCGGCAGCGCCGGCAGCCAGCAGAGCGAAGGCAGCAGAAGUAGCGGCUCCAACCCCAGUGCAGGGAAAGGACGGAGGCCGUCUCCUAGAGAGAAGGACCACAAGUCGACGUGCUGCGAGUCAGAGCUGGGGACCUGGGCGGGGCUUCAGGGUCAGAGAGUGCCCAGCCAGCAGAGCCAUCACAGCCACACCCGCUCCUGCCACAGCCAAGCGUGCUCCAGCCACAGCCACAUCCAGUCCCACCGGAGCCACGGCAGCCUGUGCCAGCACAGCCACGCCCCCUCCUUCUCAUACAGCCACUCCCCCUUCGUCCAGCCCGCUCACAUGUCCUGCACCCACAGCGAAAGGAGCCACGCUUCCUCCUACGGCCCCCCAGGCCUGCCUCCUCCCUACUGCCUGGCCCGCCUGGCCCCUAAAGCUUCAGCCAGUCAGUCCGGACCUCCCGGAGCUCCUCCUGUCCGUGAUCUAGGGAACGUACCUCCAGAACUCACCGCAAGCCGUCAAUCCUUUCAACAUGCUAUGGGCAAUCCUUGUGAAUUCUUUGUGGACAUUAUGUGACAGGACAGUGCCUUUACACUUUCAGAGCACAAGAGCCUCCCGCCCUGACCUCUCUCUAACCCUUAAAUUCUUGCUACUGACUACCCAGCACUGAGAAUGUAGAAAAAUUUACAGCAACUCAACACACACACACAUCAACACCAACAUCGUCCUUCCAGCAUAUUGAGAAUCAGUGGAGGACACCAAAAAUAAAUAAAUAGCACAGCUUCAGAGUUGAUCUCAACUCUAAAAUAAUAAAAAUAAAUAAAAAACAAUAA